UACUCAGUUGUUUUUUUUUUCCAGUUUAAGUUUCUUUCAGUUUUAUUAGAUUAAUAUUUCUCAAAAGCCCAAACUAUAAGUCUAAAAUAGCAAGAAGUUCUAAGCUUUUUAAAGAGGGCGCCACUUCUGUUCCAAUUGGAAAACUACUGUUGAUUUAAUUCUAAUAUAUCGUCUCGUGUGUAUGUUGCGAUGUCAUUAACAGGCAUAAACAGACACGUCAUUUAUUUCUAUAGAGGUCUGGAUGUUUUAGAUAAAUAUUUAUAUUCGCACCAAUCGCAAGGCAUCAGUUGAAAAUGAAGACUAGCGGACGCUUAUCUUUGGUUGCGUUGUGUUUACUUUCUUUCAAUGAGUUCAACUUCGUUCAGUCAGCCAAGGAAUCCGUUAUUGUGGUGGUCAUCAGUGACGUCAUAGCGACCAACAACCAGAAUAUGGUUCCCAUCCUCAAAGAGAUCACAAACUACUUCCGCCCCAAAGGUCAAUCUGGCGACGUCCGAUUCGUACCUGUGGUCACCUCCAAGAACCUUACAGAGACAGUGGACAUUGUGUGUGAUUUAUUGGCCACGGGGAUGUCUGGACUUAUUGACCUGUCAACACCAAAAUUGUCUCCCUUGCUUCGUGCUUUGUGCCAAGACCUAAAUGUGGCAUAUGUCCUUUUGGUGGAUAGUUCUUACCACUUUUAUAUGGCUGACAGGCUUGAGAGCAACGGAACUCAUGUGGCUAUUGAACCGGUCAGCUACCAGAUGUUACAGAUAGUAGUGGACAUAGCAGAAAAGGAACAAUUGAACAGUGUAGCUCUAUUCUAUGAUGAAACCUUUGACAUUCAAAACACACCAAGACGAGUACUGACCAAUGUCCCUGUUCCUCACAUCUACCUACCAUUGUCUAACAACGCUAGCCAGACGGAGCAGCAGAUCGAUACCAUGAUCAAGAUCAAUAUAAAAACAGUGAUGGUCAUCGCGGACAGGUUUAACGUCCAGAACUUUCUAACUCUUCUAACAAGAAAAAGAAUAGUCAACUUUGACCCGAAUAUAUUUGUUCUAACCAAGGACGCCAAACUCAAUUGUCCUUCAUGUCAAGGGAAUCUCAGACUGCUGCUAAUGACGGCUAAACAGUCGACCGACGCACAGCUACAAUUUAUCGAAUUCAUGCGCACAUCUCGUAUCGACGCUGAACUGGAAACGGACAAAAUCAAGGUGGACGAAGCAUAUGUCUACGACGUGGCUAGGUUGGUCAUCGACGCUGUAGAUUCUCUGACUAAACUGGGCAUUGAAGUAGACACUUUGAAAGACCUGGACUGCAACAACGAGACACAGACGUCAAAUCCAGACCACGUGAUUCAAAGCCAGGCGCUAGUCAGUGCUGUAACUCAGAGUUCAGUUUCAGGUGUUUUCGGUGCGUUGUCAUGGAAACCAAUGGAUGGUGUUCUGAAGUACAACCUGUCCUUAACUGUGAGCGAAGUCUUGUUUGAGCAGGGCAUACAGAAGAGCAAGGUCCAGAUAGCCGAAUGGACACAGACUGGGCACCUGAAAAUGUCUGUACCAAGUCUCCUCAAAGUACAGCUGAGAAGGCACUACAGGGUUGUGACAAUACCAGGCAUCCCACCCUUUGUAUAUAAAAGUACCAAUGAUUCUGCCUCUGUCGAAUACUCAGGCUUCUGUAUUGAUCUGCUCGAGAAGAUAGCUGAGUUGGUGGACUUUGACUAUUCCAUAUACGACACUGAUCAAGUGGGCUCUGUGGACGACACUGGACAGUGGUCUGGGGCGAUUAGAGAGCUAAUUGAUGGGAGGGCAGAUAUUGCCGUUGGACCCAUCUCUGUCAUGAAUGAAAGAGAGACGGUGAUUGACUUUACAGUGCCUUACUACGACUUGGUGGGACUGACCAUCCUGAUGAAGAAACCCAAAGUGGACUACUCACUGGUCAAAUUUCUCAGCGUUAUGGAUGAGGAAGUCUGGGGGUGCAUCAUUGGUGCGUUCGUCCUGUUCAGCGUUUUAAUUUGUGUGUUUGACAGAUUGAGUCCUUUCAGUUAUCAAAACCGGAAGUCCCAGUGGCGAGGUGAAGGGGAGGAGCCUCGUAUAUUUACACUAAAGGAAGGAAUUUGGUUUUGUAUGAUGUCUUUAACCCCACAAGGUGGCGGGGAGACGCCCAAGGCUCUCUCUGGUAGGCUGAUAGCUGCCACCUGGUGGCUAUUUGGUUUCAUCAUCAUCGCAACCUACACUGCCAACCUUGCGGCUUUCUUGACAGUCUCUAGGCUAGAGACUCCCAUUGAGUCACUGGAUGACCUGUCAAAACAGGUCAAAGUUCAAUACGCCCCUGAGAACGGGAGUAUGGCCAUGAUUUAUUUCAGGAGAAUGGCAGAUAUAGAAAGUAUGUUCUAUGAGAUUUGGAAGAAUAUGACCUUGAAAAGUGAAAACAUCGGGUCCAUAGACAAGGCGCAGCUUGCCGUCUGGGACUACCCAGUGAGCGACAAGUACACUAAGCUAUGGGACACCAUGAACAAAAACACAUUUCCGGUCAACGUCGAGGCAGCCAUUAAACGUGUGGUCAAUGAAGACUUCGCAUUUAUAGCGGAUGCCACAACCAACAAGUACCAAGCCCUGAUCAACUGUGACGUCAUGGAGGUGGGGGAAGAGUUCUCCAGGAAACCCUACGCUCUGGCCAUACGAGAGGGUUCUCCAAUGAAAAAUGAAUUAAAUAAUGCGAUUCUGAGGCUAAUAAACAAUCGUACUCUGGAGGAGCUCAAAUCAAAAUGGUGGAAGAAAGACGCCAAGGAGUGCUCCAAAGAUGAGGAUGAGAGUGACGGCAUUAGCAUCAGAAACAUUGGGGGAGUGUUUCUAGUCAUUGUCAUAGGAUCUGCUCUCUCGUUGAUAACCUUGGCACUUGAGUGUUACUGGUACAGAGUUCGCCCAAACAGACGAAACAAAAAAUCUACUACGUCCGGAAGUCAGCCUACGUUUUCAGAGACGUCAUUUACAUCCGGCUAUGAGGCAGAUAAAAACGGCACCAGAGAAACUAACAUGUGCUGUGACUCGGCCUCAGAUAUCUCUGGACCAGAAUUCGGAGUUUCAAACCGUGGUUUUGAGUCUUCCGAAAGUUAUGUUGUCACUGGAAAAGUUGACCAUCAAGACAUUGGUGGGGAUGUUGCCAUGUCAACAAACGUACACACUGAGCGAUUAUGAAGUCGACUUGACUCUUAUCCGCGCCGCAUUUAGACUUGAAAAUGACCAAGCUAUUUGAGAUAUAGAGCCUUUCUAAGUCCAGAUAUUAUGUUAAUGCUAAACAUUUCUUUAAGGUCCUAAGCUAUAGAUUCUGUUGCAUAUAUGCGAAUUUGACUCUAACUCUUAUAGAAUAGGGCUACUCAAUACUCAUACAAACUCGCUAGUACUAGAUCUAAUUAAUAAUCUAAUUUGUUAAAAACAUAAUCUAAUUUGUUAAUUAUUCGUCGAAAAUUGUUAAAGACGUAUAUUUUUAAAAUUUGUAUCUAUUGACAAUUGACAUUGAUCUAAUUCUAAUUGCUGAACUGAAAAUAUAACACACCAUAAUUGUAAAUCUCUAGAUGCUGUGUUUAGUGACAUUCAAUUCAAGAGAUGAUCUGUUUGAGCUUUGUAAUAAUCUCAUCAAUAUUGAACUCACGUGAACUGUGGGUCGUCUUCAAACAAAAGCUUAAAAACAUACGCUAUUAAAUAUUCAAUGAUGGCCUGGGGGAUAUUAGAUUCUUAUUAAGAUUAGCGCGCGUCUCUAAGGGAACUUUGGAUCACGAUGAAGAAACAUCUCACACGAAGUCAUCUACGCUUUUGUCUUUAUUUAGGAAAACUUAUUUUAAAAGAAUUUUUUUGCACGCAUACACACACACACACACACACAUUUUUAUUUACAACGUGUGUUUGUCUAAAUUAGCAUUGGACAAGAGAAGCUCAAGUAAUGUCAGAAUAUUUAGAUCUACUAUGUAGCAGAGAACCUAAAGCAAUUUCAGAAUAUUUAGAUCUACUAUGUAGCAGAGAACCUAAAGUAAUGUCAGAAUAUUUAGAUCUACUAUGUAGCAGAGAACCUAAAGCAAUUUCAGAAUAUUUAGAUCUACUAUGUAGCAGAGAACCUAAAGCAAUUUCAGAAUAUUUAGAUCUACUAUGUAGCAGAGAACCUAAAGUAAUUUCAGAAUAUUUAGAUCUACUAUGUAGCAGAGAACCUAAUCGAACUAGUGUGAUAAUAGAAUAUUUAGAUCUACUAUGAAGUAGAGAACCUAAUCGAACUAGUGUGAUAAUAGAAUAUUUAGAUCUACUAUGUAGUAGAGAACCUAAUCGAGCUACUGUGAUAAUAGAAUAUUUAGAUCUACUAUGUAGUAGAGAACCUAAUCGAGCUACUGUGAUAAUAGAAUAUUUAGAUCUACUAUGUAGUAGAGAACCUAAUCGAGCUACUGUGAUAAUAGAAUAUUUAGAUCUACUAUGUAGUAGAGAACCUAAUCGAGCUACUGUGAUAAUAGAAUAUUUAGAUCUACUAUGUAGUAGAGAACCUAAUCGAGCUACUGUGAUAAUAGAAUAUUUAGAUCUAGGCCUACAAUCUUGUAGAGAACCUAGUUUAGUUAGCGCGAUUUUAGAAUAUUGUUUUAUCUUAUAUAUUAUAUUUUGAACCUUGUGUUGAAAUCAAAAUGUCUGAAUAUGUUCACUUCUUGCCCACAAAGAUCUUCUGGUCCACCAAACACAAGACACUGAUGAACUUAAGAAAACAAAAAUCGAGUUCCUUUAAAACACACAGACACAUACGUGUAUGUCGCAAUUCGCGAGACCUUUAAUGACUCGUCUUCCUUCCCAUGAAUGUAGUAUGUCGCUGGCUAUCAAUAAGAAACAAUACUAGCAUUUUAGUCUUUGAUGUGUACAUGGGAAGAAUAAGAAAAUCUUUUGCUUAAUAAAUAGAGUCAUUUGGAAUAAAUCCAUAAAAGAUUGUUGUUGUUUUUACAAAGCUUAUAUUAACUCACUCUGUCUGUCUGGCCAAAAGUUUGUACACUUUAUUUCUCCCACAGCCAAUCUCGGAUCAACUUUUGCACAAUUACUUCUUUUAGCUGACAACACAAGAAUCAA